GUAUCCUUGAGUGUGAAUUUGUUGAAAGUAACAAAUAAUAUUUUAUCAUGGAAUCUCCAAGACAAUUAGAAUCUGAUCAAGUGGAGUAUUGGAAAAAGCAGGCGAAGUAUUAUGAACAGAAGGCUAACGACAUACAGCAAGAACUUGAUGAAUAUACUGAGAACUCAGCGCAGCUUGAGAAGGAAUUAGAGGCUUCUUUGGUACAGGUUGAGAAACAGAACAGAGAUCUGGAACAUCAAAAUCAGAGGUUAAAAAAUGAAAUCGAAAUUCUAAGGAGUAAACUAGAAAGAACUCAGCUUGAAACCAAUGCUUUGGAAAAUGAACUACAGGUCCUCAAAGUAGAAAAAGAUAAGCAGGCAGCAUAUGUCAGAGAAUUAGAACAGAAAAAUGAUGAUUUAGAACGAGGUCAAAGAGUAAUAUCAGAAUCAGUGUCGUGUAUAGAAGCAUUAUUAAAUCAAGCUUAUGAAAGAAAUGCUGUACUGGAGAGUGAAGUAGACGAAAUUGAGAAUUUGAGGGUGAAAUUACAGAGGGCUAAUGAUGAAGCUAGAGAUCUGAAACAAGAACUAAAAGUAGUAGAACGACAUCCGCACAGCAAGAAAGAGGACGGUAGUGAAAACGAUAAUGCUUUAGUUAAUGGGCAUGUCUCCACUCGUACUCAAGUUGAAAUCGAAACACAGACUUCAAUGACUACACCACAAAAACGAGAAAUAAACGGCAAUGCGAUGACCCCGUCGUCGCGAGUGACUGCUAUCAAUAUAGUUGGUGAUCUUCUUCGGAAAGUAGGGCUUGAAAGGUUUCUAUGCCGUGAAUGUGGUAAGGUCAAAUGCUCGUGUAACCUGACACCUGAUGUCGCCGUCGGAGAAGAUACCCACAGGAACACUGAAGAAUCUGCUGUAAGCGAUACAGAACCAAUAGAGUUGAGGCGGCCAGUGUUGACGCGACAGUUAUCAGAACCUGAGAAUCAUGUAUCUCAGAAACCUCCACUGCCCUUAUCAUAUAGGGCGUCAGAACAACCAUUCAGUAGAUCUUCGCAAAAUGAAAACGGGAAGCUCAGGAGGUCUUUUGCUGUAAGAAGUCGAGAGGGCCUUGAGAACUUACUAAAUACAUUAAGAAAGUCAUCAGAUAAUUCGAAGUCUAAGUCAAGUGCUUUGGAAUCAAAGUUAGCAUCGUGUCGUGGUACCGUUAGACCUAAAGAGCAUUCACCAAAUUCGAGUACCGACGUCAAUAAGGACUACCGGUGUGUAUUGAAGAACUAGACUUGCCUACGGCGUAUCGUCUCAACAUCUGCAUCGUUGCGCUGCGAUAGUUUGAAUAGUGAUAUCGUGAUAUUAGUAUUAGCGUUGCGGGAUCUUGUGAAGUUCAUUGUGGGUAACUUCGAUACGCGAAUAUCAUCAAUGUUAUCGAUAGCUGUUAUGAGCAAUAUUCUGGGUCUACACUUAUGUCAUUUUUGUGUGGUUACAAAAAAUUGUAGUAAAACACUAUGUAAAAUAGUGAAUGUUCCGUACAGCCCUUGAAAAGUUAAAACGAACAAGUAGUAGAGUUGCCCUAAUCUGAGCAACAAGUUUGACGUUGAGGGAGGAUUCAUCCUUCUAGGACAUCACGGUUUCUGUCUUGAAUGUCCAGGGUAGUCGCCACGCCCCACUCAGAAAUGUAAAAAUUUCCUUCUAAAACAAACACCGUACCGUAUCGACACCGACGUGUCAUCAUUGAGAAAUGAUAAAAAUAUACAUGAUUGUUAUGCGUGUCGCAUGCACAAAUAGAUACAAAUGUAGACCAGACUUUAAUUUCAGUAAUUAUAUAUUACCAUUGAUCGAUAUUUCUAACAAAUAAUAGUAUUCUUAUGUAUCCUUUCUACUCUGUCAUUGGUUUUCGAGCUCACAAUAGUAUCGAUACACUCGUAACUCGCAACACUAAUUAAUAUAUUAAACUAAUAACAUCGCUUCAUGAUACACUGCUGAUCAUAAAUACAGUUCGUACAGUGAUCUACAUCAUACCUUUAUAUUUUUACUAAUAAUAAUAUCUGUGAUGAUGAUAUAAUGGAUUAGUUAGGAUUGAAUGUAUAGUUGUUUGGCCUACCCACCGGAGAUAACUGUGAAUUGAGGCGCUUGUGUAGUUGCUUGCUUCACGCGCGCACAGUAAUUCUCUAGAAAACUUUGGAAAUUCUGCGUCCGUCUGGCAAUGAAUAUUAAAAAGGCAAGUCUACGAGAAUGUAUUAGAAU